AUGCCUGACUUCAUAGACGACAAGUCCGAACACUGCAUUCCCUUUCUCCUCGAACGACUCAGACUACACCGCGAAGAACAUGAGUCGAAAGGCGAGACUCCACCCCCAUUCUUCUUGGGCUUGAAUGGAGUUCAGGGAGCUGGGAAGACGACGUUGGUCUCCACCCUCCACCGUACCCUAACAUCCCCACCUCACUCCCUUCCCAUCGCUGUCCUCUCAAUCGACGACCUCUACCUCCCACAUUCAGACCAGGUCGCCCUUGCAUCCAGCAAUCCCAAAAAUCCAUUGGUGCAACACCGCGGCGUACCCUCCACCCACGACAUCCCCACCGGCACUUCCCUCUUCACCGCCCUCGCCGCCCGCGCCUCCAACAUUCGCAUCCCCAAAUACGACAAAUCGAAAUUCAACGGAGCGGGCGAUCGAGUCCCUGAGGAGGAAUGGGAAGUCGUGAAUCGAGAGGGAGAGAGGAAAGUGGAGGUUGUGGUGUUUGAGGGGUGGUGUGUGGGGUUUCGAGCGUUGGGGAGGGGGGAGGUGGAGAGGAAGUGGAGGGCUGCGAGGGAGCAGGGGGAAGGGUAUCGGGGUCGGUUGGGACGGUUGAGGUUGGAGGAUGUGGUGUUUGUGGAUGAGAGGUUGGGGGAGUAUGAGGCGAUUACGGGGAGGUUUGGGGCGUUUGUUCAUAUUGACGCGGAAGAUCCGAUGUAUGUCUAUCACUGGCGAGAAGAACAGGAGGCUGCUAUGCGUGCUGAGAAGGGCACGGGGAUGAGCAAAGAGCAGGUGGUGGAAUUUGUGAAUGGCUAUUAUCCCUGCUAUGAACUGUACACGGAGCAGUUGAGGAAGGGCAUCUUUGACGACGACGGGAGACUCGAAUUGACUGACCUUCAACUCCGCCUCCCUCCGCAUAACAUCCACUUCCCUCUAAUUACCUACUCUCAACUUCAACACCACAUACACAGCAAGUCUUCCCACACUUGCUGCAACAACCCGCCCGUCCACCUCGCCGGACUCGCCCACCAUUCUACCCAAGUAGAACAACAUAGGUCAUUGGAGUCAGUCCUCAAACUGCUCCUCACAACUCCCACAAUGGCAGGCAAAGGAACCCCCAAUGGCAUCGGCAAGAGCCUCCAGAACCUCAACCUGGACCUCGACGGUCACGAGAUGCCACCUUCGCCCGCACCCUCCAGUCCCUCCAACGGCCGCCGUCGCUUCGCCCUCGCCACGGAACUGGUCUACACCGAGUCCGACGACCAGCACAAUGCGAGCAGCUUUCCCAUCUACCAGUCUGCCACUUUCAAAGGCGGUCCGGGGCAAGAGUAUGAUUACACUCGUAGUGGGAACCCUACGAGGACACACUUGGAGAGACACUUGGCGAAGAUUAUGAGCGCCAACCGUUGUCUGGCUGUGACGUCCGGUAUGGGCGCGUUGGAUGUCAUCACUCGCGUGCUCAAGCCGGGUGAUGAGGUUCUCACCGGAGACGAUCUCUAUGGAGGCUCCAACCGUCUCCUCACCUACCUCAAGAACAACGGCGGCAUCGUCGUGCGUCACGUGGACACCACCUCUCUCGACGCAGUCUCCGAAGCGGUCAACAAGAACACAGCCAUGGUCCUUCUCGAAUCUCCAACCAAUCCCUUGAUCAAAAUCUGCGACAUCGCCGCCAUCUCGAACCUUGCUCACACCGCCAACCCGAACGCCAUCGUCGCAGUCGACAACACCAUGCUCUCUCCUUACUUGCAAAACCCCCUCGAUCUCGGCGCCGACGUCGUCUAUGAAUCCGGAACGAAAUACCUCUCCGGCCACCACGACAUCAUGGCCGGCGUCAUCGCAUGCAACAACACCGCUCUCGCCGACAAAUUCUACUUCAUGAUCAAUUCUACCGGCUGCGGCUUGUCGCCAGGUGACUGCAACCUGCUCAUGCGUGGAAUCAAGACCCUCUCCGUGCGCAUGGACAAGCAGCAAGCUAAUGCUCAGGCUAUCGCCGAGUACCUCGAAACUCACGGAUUCAAAGUCCGGUUCCCGGGAUUGAAGUCCCACCCGCAGUAUGCGCUGCACUGGUCUCAGGCUCGUGGUGCGGGUGCGGUGUUGUCGUUUGAAACCGGCUCCAUCGCGCUGUCGGAACGGAUUGUGGAGUCAACGAAGUUGUUUGGCAUUUCUGUGUCUUUUGGCUGUGUCAACUCGCUGAUCUCCAUGCCUUGCCGUAUGUCGCACGCUUCAAUCGACCCGGCGACCAGGAAGGCGAGAGCACUGCCCGAGGACAUCAUUCGGUUGUGUAUUGGUAUCGAGGAUCUGGACGAUUUGAGGGAUGAUCUCGCGCAGGCGCUUGUGAGGGCGGGAGCGGUGAGGUUGACAGAGGAAGGCUUCGUGGCGUUGAAGGAGGGUGAGACGGUGGAGGGCAAUGGAGGUGAUGCAGAGGAUGAGGUCGUGGGUGAGGCGGGGACGUCGAAGAUUGUUGUCGAUCAGCCGUAG